AUGACCAACGUCAACCUCACUGACAAUACGCUCGCCCGUUUCUUGCUCACUGGCACAAUGUCGACCAUCCACAUAUACGACAGUUACAUUGCCGACAACUCGAACGGCGACUUGACCUCUUCGCUCAUCUACUUUAGUGGCUCGGAUCUCGUCAUUGACGGUGUCCACCUCGAACUGCUCAACGUUAAAAAUGCCAAUGGCUCGGUCAUCAGUAUGAACCACGGCAACCUUGUCCUGCAACACACCACAGUGUCUGAGAGUAUUUCCAACUAUGGUGCCAUCUUUCUCGCCAAUACCACGGCCGAUAUCCUCAACUGCACCUUCUCGGGAAACAGUGCAUUCUCGGGUGCCGGUGCCAUCUACGCCAUCAAAGGAUCGGUCAUAUCAAUCGAACAGUCCACCUUUAGAAUCAACGCUGCCAAUUUCCUCAUGACCGAUCAACAAAGCAACUCUGUCAGCACAAAACUCAUGUUUGGUUCGGGUGGAUGCUUUAUUUUGCAAAAUUCUGUAUUGGUUUCGAAAAACACCUUGUACUAUGACAAUCAGGCAACCAGGUGCGGUGGUGUCGCCUUUCUCCAAGGAACUUCAGUUGCCACAUUCACAAACAACAUAUUCCAAAGCAACAAUGCCUACUAUGGUGCCGGAGCUAUUUGUUAUUCAAAAAGUUCUCUUGGUUGUUUGAUUGAUAAUUCAAACACUUUUAGUGAAAAUUAUGCUACCUAUGGAAAUAUUUAUGCUACUGGACCAACAACAUUAGUAUUAACUAUAAAUGAUGUUGAUGGAUCAUCAAAUGUAACACAUUUACAUCCAUAUACACCAUUUUUAGCAACUGCAUCAUUACUAGAUGCAUACAAUCAAGUGGUGACAGUGUUGCCCAAUCCUAUUGGCAUCAACAUUACUCUGUUGUCUCCAAACAACAGUCAAAUCGAACAAUAUCAAGUAACCAAUACACUACAAGGGUUGAUGCAGGUAUCGAUUUCAGUUGCUAACAGCAACGUUACCAACGAAUAUGUAACAUUUGCUGUGACUACAUCUAGCGGAUUCUCGAUUUCGCAAGACUUUUAUUUUACAAAUUGUGAUCCUGGAUACCACCCACUCUCAAACAUCACACCAACGUGUGUCGUGUGUAAUCCAAACACCUAUGGAUGGGAUGGUCAGUCGUGCAUGAGCUGCACCACUGGAGACUACCCCACCCAGGUGAUCUGUCCGGGUAGCAACCAAAUCAUUGCGCGAACCGGUUGGUGGAUCUACCCCAACUCGACACCACCCGAUAUUUACGAAUGCGAUCCCGACAUUUGCUUGACUGGAUCGUGUCGUCCCACUCAAACCGGUAUCUUGUGCAGUGUUUGCGAGCCUGGCUAUCGAAAGGUCAAAUUGUAUUGCGAGGAGUGUACCUCUUUCAACUAUUAUAUCUUGGCCGGUAUGAUUAGUGCCGUCGGCUACGGUUCUACUCAACUUUUUGUUUUGUCUACAAGGUAUAUGCGUGCUCAUCUUUGA